UGCACUGAACGUUGUUUACCCAGCAGGUGGAUAUGACGUCACGGACUUGGAACAUCAAAACAACAACAUCCAAAUCCGCGAUUCUUUCCCUUUUCCCUCCUCAUCCUCUCCCUCUCUCUCCUCCUCUUCUUCUUCUUCGUGUUAAAAUCUAAUAACAACAUUAAAGAAAGGGAGCUCGAGCGAGACACACCGGGAGGCAGCGAGCGUCCAACUCCAUUUUUUUUUUUUUGGUGCUUCUUCUUCUUCUUCUUCUUUUUUCCCCUCGACGCCCUCGGUCAACAUGGAAAGGAAGUGAAGUUGACGACUUUGGGAACAAACUAAAAGCCCCUAGUGAAAGUUGACAACGUCAGAACUCCUGCCGCUCCAGCCAGGAGACUCCAGUGGUGACAUCCUGUGGAGCCACAGAUCAAAGGCGAGGGGGCUGUUUCACCACUGCUGGAACUGAAGAUUGCUUUAAAUAAGCAAGUCCUUGUAGAAGGUUUUUAAGUCAUGAUGCAAGAAUCUGGGACGGAGGCGACGAGUAACGGACCAGCCAGUCAAAAUGGAGGAGCGAGUAUGGAGGGUGGGUCCAGGGAAGGGCGACCCGAGAAUGCCCCACCGUCAGUGGAGGUGACUGCCGUUGACCUCCUGCAUCUCCAGCAGCACCAGGCUCUACAAGUGGCUCGGCAGAUACUCCUCCAUCAGCAGCAGCAGCAGCAGCAGCAGCAGCAGCAGCAGCAGCAGCAGCAGCAGCAGCAGCAGCAGCAGCCUCAUCAACUACUGUCUCAACAAAACACUGGCCGCAAAUCCCCCAAAGCCACCGACAAGCAGCAAAGCCUACAGGUCCCAGUGUCAGUGGCUAUGAUGACACCUCAAGUGAUAACUCCUCAGCAGAUGCAGCAAAUCCUCCAGCAGCAAGUCCUGAGCCCUCAGCAGCUCCAGGUUCUUCUCCAGCAGCAGCAGGCCCUCAUGUUACAACAGCAGCAACUCCAAGAGUUUUACAAGAAGCAGCAGGAACAGCUCCACCUCCAGCUCCUACAGCAGCAGCAUGCAGGCAGCAAGCAGAGUAAAGAGCAGCAGGUGUCGGCGCAGCAGUUGGCCUUCCAGCAGCAGCUCCUGCAGGUCCAGCAGGUCCAGCAGCAGCAUCUACUCAACCUUCAGAGGCAGGGUCUGCUCACCAUCCAGCCCGGACAGACCGGCCUGCCACUGCACUCCCUCACUCAGGGCAUGAUUCCAGCUGAGCUGCAGCAACUGUGGAAAGAGGUGACGAACGCUCAUGUGAAGGAGGAGCACAACAUCAGCAGCAACAAUGGCCACCGGGGCCUUGACCUGUCCUCCCCGGCACCGCCAAAGAACCCACAUCUCAACCAGCACUCCUCCACCAACGGGCAGUAUAUGAGUCACAAGAGAGAAGGAACCACGCUAGAGGAGCAUUCCCACCACAGUCACCCUCUCUACGGUCACGGUGUUUGCAAGUGGCCCGGAUGUGAGGCAGUGUUUGACGAUUUCUACUCAUUCCUCAAGCAUCUUAACAAUGAGCACGCCCUGGAUGACAGGAGCACGGCCCAGUGUCGGGUGCAAAUGCAGGUCGUACAACAGCUGGAGCUGCAGCUAUCGAAAGACAAAGAGCGUCUGCAAGCGAUGAUGACGCACCUUCAUGUCAAGUCCACGGAGCCCAAAGCCACCCCACAGCCGCUCAACCUUGUGUCCAGCAUCACGUUGUCCAAGUCAGCCCAUGAGGCCUCCCCUCCUCUGAGCCUGCCCCAGACACCGACCACACCCACAACACCCCUCACACCCCUGUCCCAGACCCACUCAGUCAUCACCGCCAACAGCCUCCACAGCGUGGGCCCCAUGCGACGGCGCUACUCGGAAAAGUACAACAUGCCCAUCUCUCCAGAUAUCAUUCAGAACAAAGAGUUUUACAUGAACGCAGAAGUAAGACCACCGUUCACGUACGCCUCGCUAAUAAGACAGGCAAUUCUGGAGUCUCCAGAAAAGCAGCUAACACUAAACGAAAUCUACAACUGGUUCACACGAAUGUUUGCAUAUUUUAGACGCAACGCAGCGACGUGGAAGAAUGCAGUCCGGCAUAAUCUUAGUCUUCACAAGUGUUUUGUGCGAGUAGAAAACGUAAAAGGGGCUGUGUGGACAGUCGACGAACUAGAGUUCCAAAAGAGACGGCCUCAGAAGAUCAGUGGAAGUCCAGCCUUAGUGAAGAACAUUCAGACCAGCCUGGGCUAUGGUCCGACCCUCUCUGCUGCCUUCCAGGCUUCAAUGGCAGAAAACAACAUACCUCUAUACACUACUGCUUCCAUUGGAAGUCCUACCCUCAACUCCCUGGCCAACGCCAUCCGCGAGGAGAUGAAUGGAGCGAUGGACCAUGGAAACAGCAACGGCAGUGACAGCAGCCCAGGACGCUCGCCCCUGCUAGCUAUGCAUCACAUCAGCGUUAAGGAGGAACCACUGGACCCCGAAGACCACGAGGGGCCCCUCUCCCUGGUCACGACUGCCAAUCACAGUCCGGAUUUCGAUCACCACAGAGAUUACGACGACGACCAGGGCCACGAUGACAUGCUGUAAGGCUCAG